AAUAUAAAUUUGAUAUGAAAAUAUAUCAUUUUGCAUUGGAAUUGCUUAAUAUAAAAUUAUUAUUAAACUCGACACAUGACGAUCAGACAUGAGGAGUAAUUGACACGAAAUGAUCUAGUAACAUGAUGACAAACAAUGGUUCGCCUAUCAUUCCAUCUAGGCGGCCACACUUUUGUGAGAGUCGCAUAAAAUAUGUUUGGUCUAUCGAUUAUCGGAAAUGAUUCAAACUCUCUCCCAAAUGCAUGAGCAAGAGCUUGACAACUCAAAUCCACAUCUCUCUCUAACAUCAGACAGUCUCUCUUUGUUCGAAACCUCACAGCACCUUCUUCUUCCUCUCUAAUCUAACUGUCACAUAUACGUAUACAUUGUAUAAAAAGAUACACACGUCAUACAUUUAGUUAUUGUUGCAUUCUCGUACAAUUCAUACAAUGCAACCCAAAACCCUAACCCUAGCUCCACCACCAGGUCUCAACCUUUUCCCAUCCCUCAAACCCCCACACAAAACCCUAAUUUUCUACCAAGCCUCAGUCCUCCUCAUCACCUUCAUAGCCUACGCCUCCUUUCAUGCCUCUCGAAAGCCUCCUAGCAUUGUCAAGAUCGUGCUCGGACCCGAAAUCCGAUUCGAAAACGCCACAUCUAUACAAUCAGAUGAAAACCCAAUUGGCACCGACACUGGUUGGGCUCCAUUCAAUGGAUCGAACGGUCCACACCGGCUCGGCGAGCUAGAUCUCGCUUUUCUAUCUGCCUACUCAAUCGGGAUGUUCUUUGCAGGACAUAUCGGUGAUCGGAUCGAUCUCCGAUUAUUUUUGACAAUUGGAAUGUUGGGUAGUGGUUUCUUCACUGUAUUUUUCGGGUUAGGGUAUUGGUUAAAUGUCCAUGUUUUUGGUUUUUUUGUAUUGGUUCAGAUUGUGUGUGGAUUUUUUCAGUCAAUUGGGUGGCCGUGUGUUGUUGCUGUAGUUGGGAAUUGGUUUGGGAAGUCAAAGAGAGGGUUGAUAAUGGGGGUUUGGAAUUCACAUACUUCAGUUGGUAAUAUCAUUGGUUCAGUUGUGGCAUCUUCUGCGUUAAGUUUUGGGUGGGGCUGGUCUUUUGUGUUGCCUGGGAUUUUGAUUAUGGUGAUGGCAAUUGUGGUGUUUUUGUUUCUAGUUGUGAAUCCAGAAGACAUCGGAGUUGCAUUGCCAGGAACUGAGGUUGAGAUGAAUGUAGAGGGGAUAUCUUUGAUUAAUUCGGUGAAAGUUGAAUCCGAAGAAGUGGGACUCCAACCAUCUGAAAAUGUGGAAUCUUCAGCUGCUAUUGGGUUCUUUGAGGCAUGGAGGUUGCCGAGUGUGGCACCUUUUGCAUUCUGUCUCUUCUUCUCGAAACUUGUGGCUUACACCUUUCUAUAUUGGUUGCCUUUCUAUAUUAGACACACAGCUGUUGCGGGUGUGCAUUUGUCGCACAGAACUGCUGGGAUCCUUUCUACUAUAUUUGAUGUUGGAGGAGUCAUUGGGGGAAUUUUGGCAGGAUACGUUUCUGAUAUGAUUGAAGCUCGUGCUGUUACAUCACUGGUGUUCUUGUUGCUAUCUAUUCCCGUUCUCAUUUUUUACCGCAUUUAUGGAAGCGUGUCUAUGUUCACCAACAUUGCAUUGAUGUUCCUCUCUGGAUUGCUUGUGAAUGGACCAUACUCACUUAUUACAACUGCUGUUGCGGCUGACCUCGGUACGCAGAGCUUGAUUAAAGGGAAUUCCCGUGCAUUAGCUACCGUGACUGCGAUUAUCGAUGGUACUGGUUCUGUCGGGGCUGCUCUUGGCCCACUUCUAGCAGGAUAUAUUUCAACUAGAGGAUGGAACAGUGUGUUUUUUAUGCUUAUUCUCUCUAUUUCUCUUGCGGGCUUGUUCUUGAUUCAUGUUGUCAAAACUGAGAUUAAAGGGAAGCAGAAUGAGGGGAAAUGGCUUUGGUACGGCAUAACUGCUCAUUAAUGAGGAAUUUUAUCAAGGCAUCACAACAUCAGUGAUUCCUUCUUUGUACUUCAUAUGAUGAUGGCUUUCACACAGCAAACAGGAGUUCGGUGGAGGACUUCCUCAAACAUAAAUGUAUGCCUUCUUGUAUCUUAUUGAGAAAAUAGAUUUCAUACAGCAAACAGGACUUUGAUGGAAGAUUUUUCCAGCUUCCAUUCGCGCAUGUCCUUGUCGCAAUUUACUAGAGAUGCUUUUAUACAACAUACAGGAGUUUGGAGGACUUUCUCGGACCACAAUUCGUGUACAUUUUUUUGUUCAUUUACCAUACACCCUUUGUGUUCUUUGUAAAUUUUCCAUUUAUUUCAAAAAGAAUUAUCCUAAUAAAAUAGAUCUGAGUUCCUGCUCGUGUUAUCCUA